CAUUUUGUCAGUUGUGUUUUUUUUAAUUUUUAACGUAUUAAAUAUUUUUAAUUUUAAAAAUGAGCCUCAAGUGGUCUGAAAGCGUGAUGUUAAAAUUCUUGGAACUUUAUCAUAAGCAUGAUUGUCUAUGGAACCAUCGACUUGAUACAUAUAAAAAUAGAGAUGCAAGAGAAAGUGCUUUGGGUUCUAUUAUCAAAGAAAUGGAAAUUGAUGGUCUUACUAUUGCUGAUCUAAAGAAUAAAAUUAAGACAAUUAGAACAAUGUAUAAAAAAGAACAUUCAUUGGUUUGCAAAUCAAAAAAAAGUGGUAUGAGUACAGAUGAAAUAUACAUGCCGAAGCUGUUUUGGUAUAAAACAGCGUAUCUAUUUCUAAAUAAUGUUACAAAUUCAAGAGACACCUCAUCAAAUUUUGUAUGUGUCAGGAACAAAUUCAAACUAUCAUGAGACAAAAACGAUUGGAACUCUUAACAAGACAGUCCUCGUGUCACACAACUCUUUCAUCAGGGAUUUCAUCUAUUCGUCAAACCACUCCAUCACCUUCUUGUUCAAACGCUACAGAAGAAGAAUAUUGGUCAUCCUCAGUUUCAAAUCCACCAUGCACUGGAGAAGAACGUGGAGAGGAUACGCUACAAUCAUCUGAUAUACUUGCUAAAGCUCUUAAUGAUAUUUUAAAUGAUAACUAUAAAUAAUAUCUAUA